UGCGGAAGAGUGAGGCUCCGGCCUUCUUUGACCAAGUCCAAGGGUCGCUGGGCAAAGUUCCCAAGGAUAGAUUGUUGUUAUAUAACUUCCAGCAGCAGUAGCCGAGACUGGGGUGUGAACUGGGAGAAGAACCACACAACUUGUCUCUAUUGUGUUGUCAUUGACUCGACUGCACGAUGUCUUCUGGAGAUCCUCGACCGCUUUGCGGCGACCUGAAUAAGCCAUCCUUCAGCGAAGAGCAAGCCACCGAAUUGGUGGAAAAGAUAUUUGGGUUGAAAGUCUCUGCGGUUCAGCCGCUACCCAGCUACGACGAUCAGAAUUUCCACGUCCGCAUUGCCAAGGCCGAAGGGAAAGGAGAAGGAACAAAGGAAUACGUCCUCAAGAUCAGUAAUGCCCAGGACAGCCAGAAAGCGGAGCUCAUGGAGGUCCAGACACGGAUCAUGAUGUUCCUGAACCAAGAAGGCUUCCCCGUGGCCACCCCGCGACUGACCACAGAGGGACAAAUCAUGUUCCUGGAAACAGUCGAGACGCCGGCGGUUGCCACCAAAGGAUAUAUGGUCCGGCUCUUGAGCUUCUUGCCAGGCAAAACAGCGGCAACGCUCCCCAUCGGCCCUCCGGUUCUCUAUGAGAUUGGCCAACUGGCCGCCAGACUGGACAAAACUCUGGCGGAGAAAUUCCAGCAUCCGUCGACAAAGAGUCUUCACCGAGGGGAAUUCAUCUGGAAUCUGGCCAACGUCCCUCUCCUGAAGCGGUACAUUUGUGCCUUGGGUCAGAGCAGUUACCUAGACGUGGUGAAGCAAGUGAUAGAGCAAUUUGACGCCAAAAUCGUUCCAAAAUUAAGCUUCUUUCGGCCUUGCAUCAAUCACGGAGACCUCAACGAUCACAAUAUUUUAAUAGAUGCCGAUUCCUCUUCCCCUGGAAAGCCAAGAUACAGAGUGUCAGGGAUUUUGGACUUCUGCGACAUGAGUCAUGGCUAUUUCGUCUUCGAAGUGGCCAUCGCCAUCAUGUACAUGAUGAUUGAAAGCCAGGAUCCCAUCCGCGUGGGAGGCCACGUCUUGGCCGGAUUCGAGAGCGUGGUGCCUUUGACCCCGGAGGAACGGGCCGCCCUUUUCCUGCUGGUCAGCGGGAGAUUCGUCCAGUCCCUUGUGAUGGCGGCCCACACCAGUCUCCAACACCCUGAGAAUAAGGACUAUUUGAUGAUCACGGCCAAGACGGGGUGGAAGCACCUCAUGACCCUCUCUGAGAUGGGCCAAGAGGCCGUUGAGAAGGUCUGGUUUGAGACCGCAAAGGCUUACGAUACCUGAAUUGACUUUCACCAUCCCGUAGUUGCGGGCCUGAUUCACAAUAAAUUUUCUGGGCAUUCUUGGUAUUGUAA